CAGCUGUUCAUCACCUGUUUUCGUGUUUUGAGCUUAGUGCUUCAUUAAAAUUUGCGCUUUAGUUCUUUUUGAGAAACACUAAUUAAUUUGUAUUUUAUAGUUUUUCGAUAAUAAUAAAAUGGUGCCUGCUUCGCAAGUUCGUCAUUUGCACAUAACCAUGUCACGUUUGGUGCGUGGUGUAGGUCGGCGAUCCAACCCCGGCGUCGGGCAUCAGCUCACUAGCAUGGAAAGUGUUGAGAAACGCCUCAUGCAAGAUCCCGAAGGUUUUGGCGACUUGGAAUCUGAUUUUAUGACUGCGAAUCAAAUGCAUCGUGAGCAUGAACGUCAAAUAAUGCACCAACGGGAACGUGUGCGCCAUCUUAUGGUCAAGCACAAAUACUUUCGCGAAGCCAAAUUGCCAAACUUGCUCACAUAUGCCGAGAAGGAGCAAAUACGCACGUUACAUGCGCGCGACCCUGAGGAAUGGACUGCCGAGCGCUUGGCAGAAAGCUUUCCUGCUACUAUAGAAAUCGUGCAGAAAAUACUAGGGGCUAAAUGGCAGGCGCGAACCAUCGAGCGAAUCCGCAAACACGAUGAGACGGUCAUACAAAAUUGGGAAAAGUUUCGAAAGGAUCCCGGACUGUUGCAACUUCCACCUAAUUUUCAAGCUCAUUUGCAGAAGUUCGCCACAAGACGUGCUGAAGAUUUGCGCGCUCUUGCUGAAGAACUGCCACCAAGAACCACGCUGCCCCGUCCAAAGAAAAAAGAAUUUCUAUCUAUUAUUACAAGUUGCAAAAAAUAUGCAGAAGAGAAAGAACAAGAAACCCCACAAUUGAUGGCAGGAAACUUAAUCGAGGCUGAGACAGCACCAGCAACUAACGCAGAGGACGAAACUUAUUUGCUAGAAAAAGUGCACGAUAAAAGAAGAAUGCGCAUACAAGAACUGAAGAAAUACAAGCUAUCGCCGUUGGAGCUAGGAGCUUCUUCGACUCAUUCAUCCAAUAACGAAUCGCCCACAGCUGAGGGAGCAGCGCAGCAAACAGUUGCUAGGCUUGAAAAUCCGAAUGGUACAGGCAUAAUUUCAAAGGCGCCGCAUAAUAUUAAUGCGGGUGGUUACAAUCUGCUGGAAAAAUAUGAAAGCAGUGAAAUUGUAAUCAGUGCUGAGGAUCAAAAACGUUUUGAAAUUACGCGCGUUAAGGACCGCAUACAUAUUCCACGCAAAGUUUGGCGCGAGGGAGCGACCUAUCGAGUGGAAGAUGCGUAUUAUGAUGAUGAUGGGGAAUUCCUCUACCGCGUGCCGGGAAUGACAGGGAAGAGCAGAUAGGGCAAGGAUGGUUGGUAUCAGGACAAUCGCAAAGCUACAAAAUGUUUUACCUCUAAAAAUCUAAAUUAAACCUGAAAAAAUUCAUGUGUACGAUUCAGCCAAAUUCUUCAGGGGUAUUUUUGGAAAAUCCAUAUCACUUGGGCUGAAUAAUGCGCAUAAUUUAUAAAAUCCGAAUGCUUUCUCCCCUAGAUAGUAAAUAAAAAAACGUUAUGGUUUAAAUACA